GGCCCCGAGCUGAGGACGGAGAGCCCGGAGGACAAAUCCCCCUGUGAGAAGCUGGUGGGAGAGGCCGUUUUGAAGGGCUCCACGGUGCAGGAAGGCAACAGGGAGGAAAAGGGCCGGAGAUCCCCCCACAGGAGGGGCUCCAAAGCCAGCCCAGGGUGCUCUGAGGAGGAAAGACCCAACCUGUGCCGGGAAAGCGGCUGGAGCUUGAGGCAGAGCUCUGACCUGGUGGUCCCUGAGCAGCCUCCCAGCAGGCAGAAGCCCUUCAAGUGCUUGGAAUGUGGGAAGAGCUUCAGGAAGAGCUCCCACCUCCUCAGCCACCAGCGCAUCCACACUGGGGAACGUCCCUACACGUGUGGGGAAUGUGGGAAGAGCUUCAGCCAGAAGUCCCACCUGAUCCGACACCAGCAUAUCCACCGUGAGGAACGGCCCUACUCGUGUGGGGAAUGUGGGAAGAGCUUCAAGCACAACUCCACCCUCCUCACCCACCAGCGCAUCCACACUGGGGAACGGCCCUACAAGUGUGGGGAAUGUGGGAAGAGCUUCAGGAGCAGCUCCGACCUUCAUGCCCACCAGCGCAUACACACAGGGGCACGUCCCUACACAUGUGGAGAAUGUGGGAAGAGCUUCAUGAACAGCUCCCAUCUCCAUGCUCACCAGCGCGUCCACACUGGGGAACGGCUCUACAUGUGCUUGGAAUGUGGGAAGAGAUUUCAGACCAGCUCACAUCUCCUCCUGCACCAGCGGACACACACGGAUGAGAGGCCCUUCCGCUGCACCGACUGUGGGAAGAGCUUCAACCGGAACUCCACCCUCAUCACCCACCGGCGCAUCCACACCGGAGAGAGGCCCUACAAGUGUGGGGAGUGUGGGAGGAGCUUCACCCAGAGCUGUAACUUGACCCAACACCAACGGACCCACCAGUAA